UAUGCAACGGGUGCGUGAGACAGAAUAAGUGCCCUUCCUCGGCGCCAUCUUGUUUGUUGUUGUUCCAUCAUGGCGAUGCACGCUAAAGCGACUCCACCGCAGAUUCCCGACACUCGUCGUGAGCUUUCGGAGCUCGUUAAGAGGAAACAAGAGCUUGCGGAGACGCUGGUCAACCUGGAGAGACAGAUCUAUGCGUUCGAAGGCAGCUACCUGGAGGACACGCAGAUGUACGGCAACAUCAUCAGAGGAUGGGAUCGUUAUCUAACAAACCAGAAAAACUCCAACAGUAAGACAGACAGAAGGAACCGAAAGUUCAAAGAGGCAGAGCGGCUGUUCAGCAAGUCCUCUGUAACAUCGGUGGCAGCUGUGUGUGCUCUCGGUGGUGUCCCUGAUCACAUGAAUGAAAAACGUGAGGCAGGCAGCGGUACCGAGAGCGACGCGUCUCCAGAUUUGCAGAACCAGGAGAACGAGCCGGGUCAGGAGGAGGCGGAGGACGCAGACGGAGCGCUGCAGGACCUGAAGCCUCAGAAAGCCGCGUCGUCCUCCAGCUCCACCAACGCGGGGCACCACAGCAGCCACAAGAAACGCAAGAACAAGAACCGACACAGAUUUGACAUGAAGAUGAAUAAAAAGCCCAGAGCGGAUUAUUCCGCCUGAUGAUUAGGAUGGAGUGUGUUGGACCUGGAUAAUAUCCAUCCUCUCAACACACACACACACACACACACAGGCGGUGUUUAUCCAUCAUGACUCCCAUCAGCCGUUACAGCAGCCGUUUUACAGAAUCUUAGUGCGAGUGUGAUUUAUAAGCUCCUUCCUCCACCACUUCCUUCUUUCUCUUCCUCUUCCUCCUGUUUUUCUUCCUCCUCUCCGUUUGGUUCACAUACGUCAGAUCCAUCCUCUGAUCCAUUUCAAACGUAAAACCCUUUUCCGACAACGUUUGCAUAUGUUUUGGCACCCAUGCAUGCUCUGAUUGUCCUGCAGAGGGUAUGGAACAAUGUGGGUUUUUUUUUUUUUUUUUUAAUCUAAAUGUUUUACUCACUCACAUCAGUGUAUUUUCAUCGUAUCAGGUUGUCCGUAUUUAUGAUCCUCGCUUUGUUGUUUUUGCAAAAUCAAUUACUUUUUUGUAAGUGAAAAAAGACAAUUGUCUUUAUUUGCAUUGUUGGUUUUUACUCUGUAAAAAAAAAAUAAAAAAUAAAAACCAAA